AUGCGCCUUCCACUUGAUCGCCUCCUAUUCCUAUUCUUCCUCCUCCUUGCGCCGGUCGUCGCCGUCGGUCCCUCAUGCUUCAAAGUUGUCUCUGCCCUCGUCGGGAGACCGGGCCAUCUGUUCAAUAAGUUCCAAAGCGAAAUCUGCGAGCGUGGAUGCCAACCUACUAUCCCACACUGGGAUCUCUGGACGCGCAACAACUCUUUUGUCCCUGCAGUACGCAGCAUGAUGACCCGCAUGAACGUGCCUCACAAGGAAGAAGCGCUGUUAAAGAUGGGGGACGACGUGGCAGUCAUUAUCAAGGACCGGUGUGCGCCUAUGCUACAUGGCCGACACAUCUGCUCUGAUCCGACCACUCUAGCAGACUUUGGAAACUGUUUUAAGCGCAACUUUGUCAAGGCUUCGAUCAAGCACCUCCCGGUGUUGCUGCCCAUGGCAUCGGAGUCGGCAUGUAAAGAACAACAUCAAUUCUUGCAGGGCGAUGAAUUGUGGGAAGAGACCAUUCCGAAUAAUAUGCGCGAAUAUGCCAAAGUGUGUAACACACUAGGGCCAUUUGAACAUGAUGAAUUGUAA